GUGUCACCAAAUCCUUCAAUUUCUAAUAAAUAAAAAUAAUAAAUAAAUAAUUAAAAUAAUAAAUAAAUAAUAAUUAGGAACUAGCUUUGUUACAACGAUUGGUAGUGAGUGAGUGCAUGCUUCAUGGACUGAAAUAUUACAACAAAUUUUGUUGAUUUCUCCAGGUACUAUAGUUAUUCUUGAGACCCUUAAAAAGUCAUCAUGGAUCUAAAUGCAUCCCCAGAACCUGAAGAAGAUGAAGAAUUUUAUGAACCAACUUUCAGCGAGGACAGUGCACCAGAAGAAAAACAUAAUCAACAUUAUAAUCAUCAACAACAUGUAGAACAUGUAGAGACAGCAGUCGAUAUUAUGCGCCGGGAGCGUGAAGAAAGAAAGCAACGUCUGAAACGAGAACGCCCAGAUGACAAACCAAUACAACAUCGGGCUUACCCAUCUAUGGAGGAUAAUUAUUUUCAUGCAAAAAAUCAAAGAACUUAUGAUAAGAGUAGGCUUCCUCCAGGAUGGUUGGAUUGCCCAGCAUAUGGUCAGGAAAUAGGUUGUAUUGUCCCUUCUAAAGUUCCUCUUGGUGAAUCCUUCAAUGACUGUAUUGUUCCCGGUAAAAGAUACUCUUUUAGGCAAGUCAUUCACCAACAAAGAGUUUUGGGUCGCAAGCUUGGCUUAGUUAUUGAUCUUACUAAUACAACUCGUUACUAUUCCGUUAAUGAUUGGAAGAAAGAGGGCAUCAAGUAUGUUAAGAUUAACUGCAAGGGACGUGGCUCUGUACCAGAAAAUGAGGCCGUAAAUCAGUUUGUAUACGAGGUUUCUCAAUUCUUAGCUCGACAGAAGAACUCGAAGAAGUAUAUUCUUGUUCAUUGCACACAUGGGCAUAAUCGUACAGGGUAUAUGAUUAUUCAUUACCUCAUGAGAACAUUGCCAAUAUCCGUAACUCAGGCAAUAAGGAUAUUCUCUGAGGCACGCCCACCAGGAAUAUAUAAACCGGACUAUAUUGAUGCAUUAUAUGCCUUUUAUCAUGAAAGGAAGCCUGAUAUGGUCACUUGCCCUUCAACUCCUGAAUGGAAAAGAUCGUCUGAGUUUGAUCUGAAUGGAGAGGCAUUACCGGAUGAAGAUGAUGAUGGAGUACCUGUGGAACCUUUCGAUGAAAACCAUGAGACAGAGGGAGUCAUGACAAAUGAUGAUGUUUUGGGUGACAGUAUCCCUCAAGAUCAGCAAGAUGCAUUCAGACAGUUCUGUUAUCAAGUACUAAAACUAAGUGCCGGGGUAAGAGGGAAUCAUCAGUUUCCAGGUUCACAUCCAGUUUCUCUAGACAGGGAAAACUUGCAGCUUCUUAGGCAGCGGUACUAUUAUGCUACAUGGAAAGCUGAUGGUACAAGAUAUAUGAUGUUAAUUACUAUGGAUGGAUGUUAUCUAAUUGACAGAAAUUUUGCUUUCCGAAGGGUCCAGAUGAGAUUUCCCUGGAAAAUAAAUAAUGAAGGUUUAGCUGAGAAGGUUCACCACUUCACACUGCUUGAUGGUGAGAUGAUAAUUGAUACUGUGCCAGACACACGGAAACAAGAAAGACGUUAUCUCAUAUAUGAUUUGAUGGCAAUUAAUCAAGUCUCAAUCGUUGAGAGACCUUUUUAUGAACGAUGGAAAAUGCUUGAGAAGGAAGUGGUCGAACCUCGGAACCGCGAACGCCAUAAUAUAUACAGAUAUGGAAACUCCAUGUAUAGAUAUGACUUGGAGCCAUUCAGGGUGAGGAGGAAAGACUUUUGGUUGCUUUCUACUGUCACCAAGCUGUUGAAGGAGUUUAUUCCAAGGCUUUCGCAUGAUGCAGAUGGCCUUGUUUUUCAGGGAUGGGAUGAUCCUUAUGUUCCACGAACACAUGAAGGACUUUUGAAGUGGAAAUAUGCAUCAAUGAAUUCAGUGGAUUUCCUUUUCGAGAUGGCUGAAGAUCGCCAGCUACUUUUUCCUUUUGAACGAGGGAAGAAGAAGCUGAUGGAAGGAAACAAAAUUGCAUUUGAUGAUGACGUUGAUCCUUCGUCAUACUCGGGGAAGAUUAUCGAGUGUGUUUGGAAUAAAGAGGAAGAUGUAUGGGUCUACCACCGAGUCCGAACAGAUAAAGCUACACCAAAUGAAUUCAACACCUAUAGAAAGGUGAUGCGGAGCAUAAAGGACAACAUCACAGAGGAAGUAUUGUUAGGUGAGAUUAAUCAGAUAAUUCAGUUGCCAAUGUAUGCAGAUCGGAUUAAACAGGACAGCAAAGGCCACCAUCGUCCUAAAUGAGAAAGUUUUAUUGAUCAAGAAGUUAGCAUAGGAAAGGAUAACGGGGAAUGUUGUGUAAUUAGGCAGGGGAGCGGGAGAUUGAGUGACUUGAUUAAAAUUGUUGUAAAUUGUGCUGUCUGGUGAGUUUGCAUGAUCCAGUUGGUGCACUUAAUCUAGCUAUCAUAUGAUUAUGAAGCCUUUUUUUUUAAGAAGUUGCAUUUGAAGUAUUAGCACAAGGAUUAGUAAAUGUAUAUUUUAGUUUUAGUCUUCAUGACUAGUUUGCUUUCUUGCGGUA